UUCUAAAGUUUAUAAUCUUUACAAUAAAGUCAUAGGUUUUCGGAAAAUUAAAUAUUAAAACAAUUAAUGAAAAUAAAUGACAAAUAAAUGGAUUGAAAGACAUAUUUAUUGACCGAAAAUACUUCAAACAAAUAGACAUUUAAUUGAAUGAGUGUUUAGUUUGUACUUUGAAUUAGUCGUCAUUUAAGUGGACAUUGAUUUGUUGACCACUUGUCCAACCAAUCAGUGGUCAAACUAAACGUUUAAGAGAUGAAUGAGUUUCGGUUUGACUUAAAUAAUGUCCGAAAUGAUCACCAAAACCAUACUUUGUCUCAAUGGGUGGUCAGAGCGCAAACCCGAACUGAUAUCGACCCGAACGCCAGCAAUCAAUUGGUGCGCUCAAUGGUCGCCGACAAUAACAAUGACAUUACCGACCAGUACUCGACCGACGGUACGCUAUUACGCCGCGUCUCGGAAUUACCGCCAAAAUAUCGGCCCAUUUUUGACCAAAGAUUUCCAGUGUUUAAUGUAAUUCAAUCGAAAGUCUUCGAUGACAUACUUUUCACUAACAAAUCAAUCGCCAUUUGUUCACCGACUGGAUCCGGAAAGACAGCGGUCUUUGAAAUGGCAAUUAUUCGACAAUUAAUGUCUUUGGAUAAAAAUGAUUGUCCAUUGGAUUUGCUUAAAGUUGUAUAUAUGGCGCCACUGAAGAAACUCGUUGACGAAAAGUAUAGAGAGUUAAAGCAGUCAUUUGAUUCAUUUGGUAUCAAUUGUCUCCAAUUGACUGGUGAUAGUGAUAUAAAAGAUUAUGAACUAUUGAAAAGUGUCAAUAUUGUGGUGACGACACCUGAAAAAUGGGAUUAUAUGAUCAGAAACCACGAAAAUACAUCACUGAUCCGUUCCAUUCAAUUGAUGCUUAUCGAUGAAAUACACUGUAUUUGUGACGAAACCAGAGGCGCUACCAUUGAAGCAGUUAUUAGUCGAAUGAAGACAUUGCGUUCAAUUGAUAUGAAUACCAACUCUGAUUGCGAACUUCGAUUUGUGGCGGCGUCUGCCACAGCACCUAAUGUCGAUGAUAUAUCUCAUUGGUUGGAUCCAAACAAUUCUAUCGGAUAUAACCUUUCAGAUGCACAAAGACCUGUACGACUCCAGAAAAUAGUGAUCGGAUAUCACUUCCAAAAGUCAUGGUCUGAGUUCAGAUUUGACAUUCAAUUAUCAUAUAAAUUGGAUUCAAUUAUUAGGACCUAUUGUGAAUCUAAGCCGACUCUUAUAUUCUGCUCGACCCGAAAGGCAGUCCUUAUGACAGCACAGACACUAUGCAAGUCAUCUAUUAAUGUAUUCAAUUCAUUCACUCAAAGAAAUACUUUAUUAAUGAAAAUUAAUACUUUAAAAAAUUUGGAGCUCAAGAUGUGUACACAAAAAGGUGUUGCCUUUCAUCAUUCGGGUCUUGAAAGAGCUGACAGAUCACUCAUAGAAAGUUUGUUUAUUGAUGGUCUGAUACCGGUGCUCAUAUCGACUACAACAUUGGCUAUGGGUGUUAAUCUACCGGCACAUUUGGUUGUAAUCAAAAAUACUGUUCAAUACACACAAAAUGGUUGUCAAGAAUAUCCUGAGACACAAAUUCUUCAAAUGAUAGGUCGAGCCGGAAGACCACAGUUUGAUAAGAACGCAUUCGCUGUCAUUAUGACCAAAGAAGAGUCUCGAUUUAAAUAUGAAAGACUAUUAAAUGGGACGCAAGUAAUUGAAAGUUGUUUGCAUCGAAAUUUAGUGGAACACCUGAACGCUGAGAUUGCUUUAAAAACGGUUACCUCUCUUGAUAUUGCCAUCAAUUGGAUUCAAUCGACGUUUCUAUACAUCCGAGUUAUGCAAAACCCUAUUUAUUAUGGUAAUACCAGUCAGAUGUCGACAAUUGAUCAAUGUUUACAAAUGGUGCACAACUGGUGCGCUAAAGAGCUGACUGGACUAAAGGAUGCUAAUAUGAUUGCAGCUGACACUGGCCUAACAUACGUCUCACCCACACCUUUAGGCAAAAUUAUGGCCAAAUACUCUGUUUCAUUGCAUACUAUGAUUGAGUUCUGUAAUAUAGUGACUCAAGAAUUUACACUCAGACAGACACUCGAAGUCAUCUGCAGAUGCAAUGAAUUGAAACAUGAAGUACAGCUUAGAGUUAAUGAGAAGACUAUUCUUAAUGAAUUGAAUAAAAGUCAAAAACAGCCGACCAUUAGAUACCCAUUUAAUGGUAAAAUAAAGACAGCAGACAUGAAAAUCAAUUGCUUAAUACAGGCAUCGUUUGGUGCUUUAACUAUACCGGACGCCACUUUAAACCAGGAAUUGACUCAAAUUAUGAGAACCGGUCAACGACUCACUAAAUGUUUGGCUGAAGUCAUGUAUUUUAAUACAAAAGAUAAAAUCAAUGCAAUCAACUCAAAGACUGUGCUAAACGCUAUAAUACUUAAUAAAUGUAUUAAAGCAAAGCUAUGGCACGAUUCGCCACAAGUGACCAUACAAUUGAACAGAAUUGGUCCCAAAAUGUCUAAAGCAUUGGUUAAUAAGGGAUACAAAAGUUUUAAUGAUAUUAAAAAUGCUGAUCCAAGAGAUAUUGAAUUUUGUCUUAAAAGAAAUGCACCCUUUGGUCGACUAUUAAUUGAUGAGAUAAGACAUUUACCAUAUUAUUCAGUGACUAUUGAAGAGAUUAUCAAAAACAAAAGCAAAAGAGAUAAAACAUUAAUCAAAAUAAGUGUUAAACUGGAAAACUUGGAAAACCUAUUUGAAAGAUCAGUUUUGGUACAAAAUCACUGCUGUUAUCUCAUUGUUUGUGAUGAUGACAAUCAAUUGCUUUAUUGUUACAAACUAUUUGAUUCACAACUGAUCAAAAACAAUGGUUCUUAUGAGACAAAAAAUAUUGAUGUUUUUCUAUGCGAUCGAACCAAACAUGUGAGGGUUCACCUCAUUAGUGAUUCAUUUGUGGGUCUCGAUGUCGAGUGUACGCUAAGACUCGCACCGGCAGAUGCUUACCGUUCGACAGCUGAUCCAAACCGUUCGAAAGCUUUCUCAGACACAUCGUGGGAAUCGAGGGACAACAGUGAGAGCGCUGAGGGCUGUCAACACAAAUGCGCCGAUAAGAGUAGUUGUGGUCACAGCUGUUGUAAAAAAGGAUUGACUUCAAGCUAUGAUAGCACUAACAAACAGGUCAAAAAAAUUAAGAAACAAAAUGUAGACGAAAAACAUGAAAAUCAAGUGAAAAGACUCAAACAAACUAACAGUAGUUUAGAUGAUUGGGUCAUCAAAAUGGAUAAGACUUCACUGCACAAGACUCACAUGAAAUCUGAAUCAACUGAUUGCACACAAAGUCAUUAUUUUAACAAUAAUUCACAACAAAAUAAAUUAGUCAUUCCAGACAUUACUGAUGAUUUUAAUGACGACUUCACUGAUGAUUUUAAUGAAGACUUCACUGAUGAAGACAUACCUGAUAUCAGUUUCGAUACUUACCUUAACGUUAAGUCAGAGCCAACAGACGAAACUGAUUUCAGUGCAGACUUAGAAUUUGAUACUAAAUGCGAACAAUUGUUUACUUGUAGUGAAGACUUCCAAAGAUUUGACAGUCAAACUACUAAUCAAUUGAUUGAUAGCACAAUAAAACAGGAAACCAGUCAUCAGUAUUCACAGUCUAAUACUAUUAAAGACUUACCUUUCUCUAUGUCUCAGUGGUCACUGUUUAUGCCGACCAUUCAUUUGGAGGGAAAGUCAUUUUUUAACGACCCUCACAAGUAA